AUGGAAGCCUUCGAGAAAAAAGCCCUGGAAUCCACAACGUUGAAGCCUAAGUGCUGGUACCGAUGUGUUGACGACACCUUCAUCAUCUGGCCCCACGGACGCAACACCGCAGCGGAUUUUCUGGUUUACAUCAGUGGGAUACAUCCAUAUAUCCAGUUUACCAUGGAAGUAGAGAAAAAUGCCGUCCUUCCCUUCUUGGAUGUCUUGAUUGAGAGGACACAAGGAGGCACUUUAGGACAUCGAGUAUAUAGGAAGCCAACUCACACAGACAGAUAUCUGAAUGCGGAGUCCCACCACCACCUAGCCCAGAAACAGGGGAUCAUAAAUACCUUGAUUCAUCGAACGCGGAUCAUUAGCGAGCCAAGACACUUGGCUGAGGAACUAGAACACCUAGGCACGGAUCUGAGAGGGAAUGGCUACACGGCGAGAAAUAUCGAACCAUCUAUCAGGAGACAUACGCCCAUGAAGAAAUGGGAGUACUCAGCGACGACGUAUCUACCUUAG